UUUCACUUUUUUAGAUUCGUAAGAUUUUAUUAACUUUUGAGUUAUGGGUUUUAUACUCAGUAAAGAUGGUCAUCGCCAACCACUUCAAACUAAUAAUGCAAAUAAGAAUAAUGCAAUUAGAAACACUGAAUGCUUUCAAAAAAGUUUUUCUAAUCAAGAUGUUGAUAGAGAAGAGACAGACAGAGAAUCUAUCAAAAACACAGAGUACUAUCAAAAAAAAUUUUUAAAUCAAGAUGUUGAUGAGAAAAUGUCGGACAGUGAUUCAAUCAAAAACGGUGAAUGUUCUUUAAGUAAAAAUGAAAACCAAAGUAACGAUAUAAAAGAGGCGGAUAACUCUCCUGUUGAAGCUGCCAAUAGUUCACAUGUUAACUUAUCAUAUGAAAACAAUCAAGAAAUAAAAAGGGAAAAUAUUGAACCGUCUCAAAGUAGUCUGGAUAUUAUUGAUGCUUCAUGGAUAGAAAUAGAUUCUAAUAUUUCAAGAAAACCGUUUCUAGAUUCCAAUCAAAUAAAUAAUGGAGUUGAAAGUAAAUCUGGGUGGAAAGUGAUUCGGCUUUUUAUAUCAUCAACAUUUGCUGAUUUUCAUGAAGAAAGAGAAGUACUAAUUAAAAAAGUUGUACCAGAAUUGCGAGAAUGGUGUGAGCAGAGACAGGUUCAUCUAAUUGAGUGUGACUUACGUUGGGGUGUUCCAAAAAAUACAGAUUCAAAAGACACUAUUUCAACAUGUUUAGAUGAAGUAUCGCGAUGUAUAAAAGAAACAAAUGGUCAACCUUUCUUUUUGAAUAUGUUAAGUGAAAGGUAUGGUUGGAUCCCUAAAAAAGAAGAUCUUUCUGAUGAGUUCAUAUCAGCAUAUAACUGGAUAUUCCCAUUGUCAAUCACACACAUGGAAAUACUGUGUGCAGCAUUAAAAACAAAUUCCCCCAAUUCUUUAUUUAUGAUACGAGAUGAAGAAUCAUUAGCUAACAUUCCUGAUUCAUUUUUAUCUUCAUUUAUAGAUACACAAGAGCUAUCUAAGUUAAGCCUUCAGCGGCUUAAAAAAGAAUUAAAGAGCAGGUUUCCUGAUAAAACUUUUACAUAUAAAUCCAAAAUGGCUGGAGUAGAUUCAACCACUGGACUCCAAAAGCUGCGUUUUAAUGAGUUGGAUGAAUUUGCUUCAGUGAUCACAAAAUAUUAUAAAGAACGCAUUGAAGAAUAUGCACCUUUAGUAGAAGAAAUUGUUGAUAAUUCAGCAUUUCAACAAAAUGCUUUCAUACAAAAAAAAGGCUCACUGUUGGUUGGUCGAGAAAAAGAAAUUAGCAGUAUUAUGCAAUUUGUAAUUUCUGGUGAGAAAAAGUGUUUUCUUUUAGUUGCGGAGCAAGGUUGUGGAAAGUCUUCACUAAUAGCAGCCAGUGUUCUUCAACUUUCUCAGAAACAAAUACCUUGUUUAUAUAACUUCUCGUCAUCUACUCCUGGUUCUACAGAAUCUUUACAAGUUAUGUUAAAUUUCAUACAACAACUCUCAGCUCAACUAAACAAACAAUCACCUAAAGGUAUGACAGGAUAUGAAAAUAUUUUAAAUGUUUUUCAUAACUUACUCAAAGAAAUCUGUGUUGAAAAAAAAGGUUUUACUAUUGUUCUUGAUGCUGUAAACCAAUUUGAGGAUGAAGCAGGUAAAUCUUGCUCAUGGUUGCCUUUACCUAGUGAUGAUAUAGACAUUCGCUACAUUAUCAGUUGCACACCUGAUUUCGGAAGUGGUUAUUCUUCUAUUAAUGAAAAGUUUCAAGACCAAAGUGAAACUAUGUAUCUCCAAGGUUUUACCACAGAACAUCGUAUUAAGCUUGUGCAACAGUUAUUUGGUCGCUUUAACAAAAAGUUAGAUUCUGAACAACUUGACUUGUUAGUUUCAAGCGAAGGAUCAUCAUCUCCACUUUGGCUAGCUCUUGCUUGUGAGGAACUAAGAGUGUUUGGAGUGUUUGAAAGAGUUACUGAACGAAUUAAAGAACUUCCAAGUACAAUAGACAACUUGUUAUCAUUCAUAUUAAAAAGAAUUAUUACUGAAGAUGAUACAAACAAAAUAGAAAAGACACUUUGUUUCCUUGCUUGUUCAGCUAACAAUCUUGCAGAAAUGGAACUAUUGCAUUUACUUGGAGAUGGAGUUGAAGAGACUUUGCCUAUGUUUUUAUGGGUUAAAAUCAGAAGACAAAUUAAACCUUUUUUACUCAACACCGGAAGUGAAAAUUGUGAAUUUUAUUCAUUCUUUCAUUCUUCUGCUAAACAGGUUGUUUUUCAAACAUUUUUGCAAGAAGAAAAUAAUGUUAAAGAACAUCACAAAGUGCUUGGGAGAUAUUUUUUGAAACACGGUGCCAAUGACUAUAGAACAGCAUCUGCUAUUAUAUUUCAUUUUAAAAAGUCUGGCAUGACUGAGGAAAUUAUUUCAUUUUUACGCAAAGAUGUGAGAAGUCAACAAAUAUCUGAUGUGGAAAGAAGUAGAAUCUUUUCUGGUUUAAGAUGUGCAAACUUUAUUCAUCCGGGCAAUAAUCCGUUCAAGCAUCCUGUUCAUUGUUGUUUUAUUUGCAGUAUAAAAGCAAAGGAACUCACUCAGAAACCACUUCCAACAAAAGAUUUAUGCAUUGUGUGUGGUGCUUACCGCCCAUGGAAAAACAACGAAAGUCUAGCAUUUUUGUGUCAGCAACAUAAACAGUUCACUGCCCCUGAUACAGACAAAUGUUAUUUAUGUGGACAAUUUAUUUCUCUUAAACAACCUGUUGUUGGUGUUCCCAUGUAUGAGAGAUGUUAUUGUUGCACGAUGUGUUCAAUGAGUAAACAAUGCAUUGCUUUAUCUCGAAAAUAAUUUUAAUAGUGACAUAAACGGAUACAUUCCCUUGUUAUAUUUGUUAAGCAAAUUUUUUAGUUCAGUGUUUAUUUAUUUGAAAUAAGUUUUUUAUAACACAUAAUUGUUAACGUAGUUAAAUAUUUUAAUAUUUUUAACAGUGAAAAUCGAUGAAUAAUUUUAAUAAGUUUCUUAAUAUAGCAUGUUUUUUGCUCAACUGACUCCUCAUACCAGGCAAUAAUUAACA